AUCGGAAUUAAUUUUUGUUAAUGUUUAUUAGCUUUGGAAAAUGAGUUGGGAGAUGGCAAAACAAAUAUUUAAGUCACCAUGGGUGAAAGAACUGUGGGCUGCAUUUGAGAUUCAAGUUCUAGUACUUACAAGCUUAUUGUUUCAAAUAGUCCUCGCCGUCUGUGGCGGUCGCCGGAAGUACAAGCUAGGAGUUCUUACUCGCUUGCUUGUUUGGUUUUCUUAUUUAAUGGGCAUCUAUGUCGCAACAGUUUCACUUGGCAAGCUUACUGACACCAACAACGACACAAUUGCCCUUAAUAGCAUCAGUUACGGUGAUGCUCCUAAGGUGAAUGUUACCAGCAAUGAACUAAGGGCGAUGUGGGCUCCGUUGCUUCUUGUUCAUAUCGGCGGCCCUGAUAGCAUCACCGCUUUCGCGGUGGAGGAUAACCGGUUGGGUCUGAGGCAGUUUCUUGAACUGGGAGUGCAAAUAACUGUUGUCGGUUUGAUUUUUAUCAAAUCUUGGAAUAAUUCUUGGUUAUCAAUUAUAGCCUUGACUUUGCUUGUGAGUGGAGCUAUUAAAAGUCUUGAGAGAGUUUGGUCUCUCAGAUGCUCGGCCACAACAGAACCUGUGUUUGGUAAUUUAGCAGACAGUAAAGCUUUAGAAAUAGGCACCCACCAUUUCUUAUCAAGCACUAAAGCUUUAGAAGUAGACAGACUUUGGUCUCUUAAGUCCUCAAUUCCAGACCUUCUAUUGCUUGUGAAGGCUUAUAUUCGUUUCGAACACUUAAAGCCUCACCUUCAAAACUGGAUAGGCCAUCCUUUGUCUAUACAAUUGCCUUCUAUGAGCACAUAUUAUUCUACACCAAUAGAUACCUUUAAAAUUGCAGAAGCAGAGCUAAGCUUCAUGUAUGAUGUGCUCUACACUAGGGCUCCCAUCAAUUAUUCCGGCACAAGUUUUGUACGCCGAGCCAUUUGUUUCCUUUGUUUAGCUUGCAGCUUGUGUGGAUUUGCAAUCUUGUUUCGACACGCCGAUGUUCAGAUUUUCAAAAUUCUGGUCUCACGGAAAUAUGACAAGAAGGUGGACAUUUCUAUCACUUAUCUGCUUCUUGCUGGUGCUAUUACAUUGGAACUUUAUGCUUUGCUAACCAUUCUUUGCUCAGAUUGGUCCGUUCUUUAUCUGAUAAAAGAGCAAAGAAAUAAAUUUGUUGAUGCUGCUCUUCAAGUCUUUGCUCAUAAGGUUUCAAGGCCGCCGAGAUGGUCAAAUCAGAUACAGCAACUAAAUAUGUUGCAUUAUUGUAUAUCCAAAGAGCCUACCGUCCUUAACAAAAUCCUUAACAAACUCAUUCGUCGAAUCCCCAAGAACACUCCAUGUGCUCAGUUACUCGAGGGAUGGGAUCAACGAUACAAGAGGUUUCGCUUAACCCAAUCUGUAGGAGUUGAUGAUACAUUGAAGGAACUGAUAAUUAAACAGAUAGAGGAAGUUCGAGGGCAAAGAGUUUGGCAAGCCUUCACAAAAAGAGGAGAAUGGGCAUUGGAAAGGUACAAAUGUCUUGACCAAUUCAAAUGGAGCAUAGGAACAGACCACACUAAUGAAGCAAACCAGCAAACAAGUUUUGGAAGGGCUAUAACAAUCUGGCAUUUAGCAACUGAUGUUUGCUAUGGAAGGGAGUCCUCGGAGAGUAAAAGUACUAACAAAGAGUUGAGUAAGCGUUUGUCUGAUUAUAUGAUGUAUCUACUAGCCGUACGCCCCCACAUGCUAUCUAUUGGUACAGGGAGUAUUCUUUUCCAGGGCGCUUCCAAGAAACUUGGUGAAUUUUUAAGUGUUAUUAUCAGUUCACCAACAGAUGCAGCCACCAAGAAAGGAAAAACAGAUGAGAAAACUAUGAUUCAACAUUUUUUAGAAAAAUUGCUCCAGAAGAGUUCUGAAGAGACAGUGGUUCGGGUAUCUAAUAAACAUAACAAUGUGGAAAUAUCUGCAGAGAGUGAAUAUGUGAUCAUAUCGAGCUGGAAUUUAGUACUGGACGCCAAACUACUUUCAGAGCUUCUGAUAGACAGGGAAGACAAAUGGAGUCUGCUAUGUAGUAUUUGGACUGAAAUGCUUUUCUAUGCUGCAAGUAAUUGUCCAUGGGUUCAUCACACUGAACAGCUAAGGCGUGGCGGAGGGUUGAUCACUUUUGCUUGGAUUCUCUUGAACCAUGAAACAAAUAAGUUCAAUAUCAGUAUGUAUUGAUUUUUAUAGCUGGAUAAAUAAGUAUUGGGCCUUUGUUUGAUUAGCCCAAUUAGAGAAGUGGACCUUUAUUAUUUCUUUGAGUCCAUCUACUUGUGCCAUCUUUUGUUUUCUCAUUUUCUUAGAAACCUUUGAGCGCCGCAUUCAAUAUCCACUGCCCAAUUUGAAUGUAUUGUGUAUAUUUCGAUUUAUUCGCGUGUCCUGUAUUCUAUUAUUCUAGUUACUUUAUUCUA